AUGAACGACAGGCUCUUAUCACUGGUGGAUCGCUUCCCAGCCCAGUAUCUUUUCCCAACAAAAGUGUAGGGAUUAGGCAACGACGUCCAAGGUAAGAUGUAUGAGGCGUACCCAAGCGAUCUGACCGACAAAAGACAGUACAAGACGAGAUGUUACGGUGGAAAACAAAGUGGCUGCAUUCAACUGGAGAGCGACCAACGACACUCUCGACUGCAUAAAUCCAACUCUUUAUUGAAACGC